AUGCAGAUGGAUCUAUUGAGCGAUACAAGGAAAGACUUGUGGCAAAAGGGUACACACAGACCUAUGUUUGAUGUAAAGAAUGGUUUUCUACAUGGCGAACUCACGGAGGAGGUGUACAUGGACAUUCCUCCUAGAUAUAAUACUACUCAGACUGGAACAGUUUGCAAGUUACGAAAAGCAUUGUAUGGAUUGAAACAGUCACCACGAGCAUGGUUUGGACGGUUCACCAUGGUAAUGAAGAACAAUGGUUUCAAACAGUGCAACUCAUAUCAUACUAUGUUCUUGAAACAUCGGAAAGAGAAGGUAACAACAUUAAUAAUCUAUGUUGAUGAUAUGAUUAUUACUGGGAAUGAUAAACAUGAAAUAUCACAACUACAAGACUAUUUGACUACUGAGUUUGAGAUGAAGGAUCUAGGUGGACUCAAGUAUUUCUUGGGAAUUGAGAUUGCAAACCUGCGGACACUCCUAUUGUUCAGAAUCAUCAUCUUGGAGAAUAUCCGGAUCAAGUUCCAACUAAUUAAGAAAGAUACCAAAGAUGCAGAUUGGGCAGGUAAUGUAACAGAUAGAAAAUCCACAUCGAGUUACUUCACAUUCGUGGGAGGUAAUUUGGUGACAUGGAGAAGCAAGAAACAGAAUGUAGUAGCUUUAUCCAGUGCAGAAACCGAGUUCAGAGACAUGACUAAAGGGAUUUGUGAACUUAUUUGGUUAAGAAAGUUGCUUACUGAACUUGGGUAUAAACCUACAUCCACAAUGAAUCUCUUUUGUGACAACAAGGCUGCUAUAGCCAUUGCACAGAAUCCAGUUCAACAUGAUCAUACUAAACAUGUUGAGAUGGAUCGACACUUCAUCAAACAGAAGCUUGAGGCUAAAGUGUUUUAG